AUGUCACUUAGAUAUUCAAAUAUUUGUUAUUAUAUUAUUCUUGUGACUAUGAUAACACAACUAAUAUUUUGUCUAUUUUUCGCACUUCAAAUAAAUGCAGGUAAAAUAAAUUAGAAUUUGUUUUCUAUGAAAAUAUGUAUUUUGCAGGAGUUAUCCCAACUUUCUCAUCAUUUAACAUGUCCCAAGAGUUAUCAAAAAUCGAAAAAUCCUGUCUAUCACAAGAAGAUCAUGACGAAAUAUCAGGAAACAAAUACAAAACAGGAUGGGCUCAAGUAUUCAAUUUACGCACAAUUUAUCUAUCUCUGGAAGUUAUUGUAAAUUCAGAAAUGCGAAAAGUUUUGGGAUUAUCACAGUAUUCUGGAACAUAUCAAAAUCAUAAAUUUGCAUCAGAUAAACAAUUAAAAGAUGCUUCAAAUUUUGAAGAAUAUUUUGAUUUGCAAACAUUAGGCGGAAUAGGUUAUGUUGCUAAAAAUGAAGCGAUUACUGACGAGGAUUUGAUCACAGCAAUUCAGUUUUUGGACAAAAAAUGGCCAGCAAUUCGUAUUAUUCUAAGAAAUAAAUUUGAAAAAUAUAUCGAGACCGCUAAAAAUCAUAAAGGAUUUCAAACCGGGAAAAACUAUGAAUGGAAACAGGAUCGAAAAAUUGUCAAUGGUUUGAUUAUUGCACAUUAUGAAAUGCAAAAUGGAGUAUGGGAUGCGAUUAGCGAAAUGUAUUAUAACAAAAAAUGCCAACAAUUCCCUCGUCCAGAUUCUUCUCAUUCAUUUUUCAAAACACUCAAGAAAAGUGUGAUGAAAGACUAA